CCGCCGCCCUCCUCCGCGCCGCGCCCCGCCUCGCCGGCCUCCCGCGCCGCCGGCCCUGCGCCCUCCUCCUCCUCCUCCUCCUCCUCCAGCCGCCGCCCGGCGCCGCCAUGCCCGGCCCGGCCGCCGGCAGCCGGGCGCGGGUCUACGCCGAGGUGAACAGCCUGAGGAGCCGAGAGUACUGGGACUACGAGUCGCACAUCCCGACCUGGGGCAAUCAGGACGAUUACCAGCUGGUUCGAAAGCUCGGCCGGGGCAAGUACAGCGAAGUCUUCGAGGCGAUCAACAUCACCAACAACGAGAGGGUCGUGGUGAAGAUCCUCAAGCCAGUGAAGAAAAAGAAGAUAAAACGAGAGGUGAAGAUCCUGGAGAACCUCCGCGGGGGCACCAACAUCAUUAACCUGAUCGACAUCGUCAAAGACCCCGUGUCCAAGACCCCAGCUCUGGUGUUUGAGUACAUCAACAACACAGAUUUUAAGCAACUCUACCAGAUCCUGACAGACUUUGAUAUCAGGUUUUAUAUGUAUGAGCUGCUGAAGGCCCUGGAUUACUGUCACAGCAUGGGCAUCAUGCACAGGGACGUCAAACCUCACAACGUCAUGAUAGACCACCAACAGAAAAAGCUGCGGCUCAUAGACUGGGGUCUGGCCGAGUUCUACCACCCAGCUCAGGAAUACAACGUCCGAGUGGCCUCUAGGUACUUCAAAGGACCAGAGCUCCUUGUGGACUACCAAAUGUAUGACUACAGCUUAGACAUGUGGAGUUUAGGCUGCAUGUUGGCCAGCAUGAUCUUCAGAAAGGAGCCUUUCUUCCAUGGCCAGGACAACUAUGACCAACUGGUUCGCAUCGCCAAGGUCCUGGGCACAGAUGAGCUCUAUGGGUACCUCAAGAAGUACCACAUAGAGCUGGACCCACACUUCAAUGACAUCCUGGGCCAGCACUCGAGGAAGCGCUGGGAGAACUUCAUCCACAGCGAGAACAGGCACUUGGUCAGCCCCGAGGUGCUGGACCUGCUGGACAAGCUCCUGCGCUACGACCACCAGCAGAGGCUGACAGCCAAGGAGGCCAUGGAGCACCCCUACUUCUGUCUGCUGCUGCUGCUGCUGCUGCUGCUGCCGCCCCUCGCUCGCCCAGGAGCAGCAGGAGAACCAAAGCCGAAGAUGCCAUCCAGCGGCGGGCAGGGCAGGGCAGGGCUGGCAGCGGGGUGGCACAGCCGACAGGACGGUGCCGCCGGUGCCCUUCAUCCCUCCCCUCCUCCCCCCAUCCCCCCCCCCUUCUUUUUUCGAGUGUUUUCAAAGGGUUCUUCUGCCUCUCGGUCCCUUGUGGAGCUCUUCCCGACCCUGCCAGCAUGACAACGUGUGAAGGGUUGUGCAAAAGCAACCUCUUGGGUUUAGUUCUUCCCUUCCCCCCCUCUGCUGCCUCUUCCUGCGCCCCCCCACCCCCCCUUAAACCUCCCCCCCCCCAACCCCACCACCACCACCUGAUGGACCACGGAGGUGCCAACUCGUGCCAGUCCUUCGUGCCAGGGAGUGGGGGAGGAGGGGUGGGGAGGGGGAGGGGGGGGAGGGUGGGGGAGGAAGGCUGAGGGGGUGAAGGGGGGGGGGUGUGAGUCCCACCGUGGAUGAUGAUUCUCUAAUGAAAAGAAUUCUAUAUUGUUGAAUAAAAGUUUUAACAGAA